AUGAAGCUCCUCUUGUCACUGUGCCUACUCGGUACCAGCUUGAUGACCGGAGUUGCCGCGUCGCGCAAAGAAGUACGGUCAACACAUGAAGCUCCAAAAUGUGCCAAUUCUGCCUCCACGCUAUCCCUUAGCGACCCUCCUUACGACAACUAUUUCUACUCCGACUGCAAUGUAGCGGCCCAGGUAGUCGUCACUAGUCCAUUGCCAGAUAGCGACCUUUCUUUGAUCGCACCUCGUUUGAUCAUAGCUUGGCCUGCUGGUGACAGUGGGGCUUGCGCAUACUUCGCGCCUCAAAACGGGGUCAACGGGUCAUUAUCACUCGAGCUCAUCAAUUCAACCAUCGGGAAGCCCUUGGCACCCAUCUACACCGCGGAGCUAUCAAAUUCAUCUAAUACCUAUCCCAGUGUGGGAGUUCAAGGCGUACUCCGGUUCAAUUCGUCUGCAACACUGACCGUGCCUGUUCUGGGCAGCAUCCGCUCAAUCCGUGAAUUCAGCGAAGGAAGUGUCCUUAGGCCUAAGAUUCAGGAUGCGAUCAAGUUUACUUCUAAUAGCGAUGGGAGCGCCUCGCUCCAGCGACUCUGGUUCGAUAAUGUCACCACAACAAGCCUCCAUUUCCGCCCUUGGAAUAAUGGCAGCAACAGCGACAAGGGCAGCAUGGUAUCGGUAGAUGGUCGCACCGUGAAAUUCGAAACAGGCGACUAUCUUUUUUCCGCGGAAAUUAACUAUCCUCAGUUAUCCCAGACCAGUCCAACCGCAGUGCUGAACGAAAAUUCUCAGGAGCUAAUCUCGUCUAUGCCGGAUCAGACGAAGGCGCUUUCAUUUAUGUCAUACUCAAGUAAGGUUCUCGCAGGCGCAUGGCAUUACCUGACCUAUUUUGGUCGUGACUCAAUGAUUACUGCGCUUUUGUUGGAGCCUGUUUUGAGUGUUGGGAAUGCAAGUGUUAUGGAGGCAGUGAUUGGUUCUGUUUUGGAGCGGGUUGAUCGAACAGAUGGAAGUGUUUGUCAUGAGGAGACUAUUGGGGACUAUGCGACCUGGUCUAACUUGCAAAAUAAUAUCCCAAGCAACGCAAUGGGCUGCGACUACAAAAUGAUUGAUUCGGACUAUUUUCUCCCGAUCCUUAUGCAACGGUAUUUUCUGCAGAAUUCUGUUGGUCAACAGCGAAUCAAAACCUUCUUCAAUACACCGGCUGGCUCGGCCAAUGUGGCGAAUCGGAAUUUGACCUUCGGCGAUCUGGCUCUAAUAAAUGCUGAGCGAAUCAUGCGUCUUGCGGGCCCGUUUGCUCAUAACUCUAUCAAAAAGAACCUCAUUCAUCUCAAAGAGGGCCAAGAUAUCGGCCAAUGGAGAGACAGUGAAUACGGUAUCGGUGGAGGACGUAUACCCUAUGAUGUAAACACGGCUCUGGUCCCAGCAGCCCUGCGCUCUAUCGCAAGUCUUGCACAGAACAACAGCAUCUUUUCGGGACGCAAGAACUGGUCUAAACUCGCCAAUGCCUACGCAACUGUAUGGGAGGACAAGACCCUGGAAUUUUUCCGCUUGAAGAUCCCCCGGUCCGAAGCACAAUCACUUGUUAAAUCCUACGUCAACGAAUCCUCCUUUGCAGGACCCAACCAGGUCUCAUCCAUUGACGACGAUGUUACUUUCUAUGCACUGGCACUGGACGGCAACGACAAACUUUCCAAGGUGAAAGUAAUGAACACGGAUGACUGCUUCAGACAUUUCCUUCUCAAUAUUACCAAUAACGCCCAGCUCACCCCGUUCCUCAACCAAACUGCCAAUAACAUCAGACGCACCUUUCCGGCUGGUCUCAUGACUGAUGCAGGCAUGAUAGUUGCCAAUCCGGCCUUCGGUGGGGAUCCUGUUUAUGCAAAAAACUGGACGACGGGUGCUUAUCAUGGAACCGUCAUUUGGUCAUGGCAGCUUGCUAUGAUGGCAAAGGGAUUGGAGAUGCAGCUUGAACGGUGUGAGUUGACAACGGAAAAGCUUGGUCAUAAUGGACAGCAGCACGCGGCAACACCCAAACCGAAGUUUUGCUCUGAUAAAUAUGUCUACGACAAUGUCAAAGCCGCCUAUAAUGAACUGUGGGACUCGAUUGAGAAGAAUACUUCGCAGCUCUCUGCCGAAGUUUGGUCUUGGGUUUAUCGUGACGAUGGCUUCCAGGUCACCCCGCUAGGAGUGCUGCCACCCCCUGGUGGCGGUAGCCAGAUAGAAUCCAAUAUUCAACAGCUUUGGUCUCUAGCCUUUUUGGCUGUUUCCAGGAACAAAGCUUAUAAAGAUUGA